AGUUAGCCGGCGCAGUGCGUCCGCGGAGCCCUCUCGCGCCGGUUCUAUUUCCAACACAUGUGCCGACGCAUCCACAAUCGCUGACGAUCGACACAACUGAAAUGGCACCGGACUUUCGCCAAGGGAACUUCCGCUGCAGAAGACGCAAGCGCAUCGCUUAACCUGCUCCACCAUGCCGCACGCUCCCGAGAGCGCCGGCCCCGUGGCCGCCGCCGUCCCCAGCUCCAACCAGCUCAAGAUCCUGAUCCCAGAACAUAAUGGCACAAAUGGCACACACAAGUCUAACGGAAUCACGUCUCCGAAUUCAAAUGGGCUGCUCUCACCAGACUCCAAUGGACCGUUAUCACCAGCAAGUUCUAACGGCCUCUUAUCACCGCCGCUUAUCUCGGACGCUAUUCCAAAAAGACCACCAAAACCGCCACCAAGCCGACUCAUAUUACCGAUCAAGAAAGCAAAAACGCUACCUAUACAUUUCGAAGAAGAAACUGUGCCACCUAAAACACCUACAACUCUUCUUAACGGCAAGAAACUUUACGUAACUAAAACUCUAAAAGAGAUACACUCGAUUCCAGCGAAUCCUCCAGACAAUGGAAAGCUGCUAGUCAAUCGCUCUCCUAGUCCGUCUUACAGAAGGAGCCUGUCUUCAGCUUCGGUUGAGACUGGUUCGAUAGCAGAACUCGCGAAACGACACUAUCCAAGCAACUUGCUCACUUCUAGGUCACCGAGCCCAUUGUCAAUGAGAAGCAAUGGCAGCGUCUAUUCAACCUGCAGCAGCAACGGAACUUACGUUCCUUUAUCUCGUUCUACAAGUGUGAACUCGUCAGUUUACAGUCGCCAUACAACACCAACUCCAAGAAGGAUGUAUCCACAAACCUGUGACCGGAGAACUAGCGUAGAUUUGACAGAACUGAGAGCGAAAGAACAGGCGCCCGUAGUGUUUGACGCAAAUCUACAAUUCGUCCUUGGCUGUAACAGACAACCUGUAAGACAAAAGUUCAAACCUGUUGCGGCACAUUUAGAAGAAGGUACGUCUUCGAACUACUUGAGCGCUAAGAUCGACAGCUUCUUAAAGAAAACAGAUCAUGUGAUGGACGAAUGGCGUAGACUAGGACAUAAAGAUGACUCUGAAACCAGUAGAAGAAUCGGAAGAUCGAAGUCAGCCACGAACAUAAUGAUCAAGGGGUUCACUCUGUUCAGUCGGAGUACGAGCAGGGCGAGCAGCAUGUGCCGGGGAAUCUCGGAAGACCGCACAACAGUCUCUGAAUUGGACGAGCUGUCGGAGGUGGGCGGUGAUUUGGCGGAGGAGCGCGCGGCGGCGGCGCUCGCCACGGAGCGCGCCGACGCCGAGGCGGCGGAAAGACUCCGCAUUGAACGGGACAACCGCGAUCUGCUCGCUAACAACCAGCGACUACAGCAGGCAUCCGAACGUCUGGAACUGGAGCUCCUGCACUGGCGCUCAGCCGACAACGGAGGCGCCGAGCCUUCAGACUCCGAGGGUUCAGAGGCAGACGCCGCAGCCAACGGAGACAAGUACAAGAGGAGAUACGAGCAGGCUCACAGGGAGCUGCAGUUACUGCGGGCACAGCUGCGGCGGCAACAUGAGGACGACCUCGAGCAACUUGUCACGGUCAAGAAGCAACUCGAGAAGAAGGUGCAAGAUGCGUAUGAGGAAGUGGAGGAACAGAGAGCCGUGGCCGCGCAGUGGAAGCGAAAGCUACAAAAGCUGACCAACGAUAUGGCCGACCUGCGGUCACUACUCGACGAACAGACCUGUCGCAACAACUUGCUCGAGAAGCGCCAGCGCAAGUUCGACGCCGAGCUCCACGGAGCGCAGGAAGAGCUGAAGAGAGAACGAGCUGCCAAGGAGCGCCUCUCGCGCGAGCGCGACCUCGCGCACGCCGACAAGUACGCGCUGGAGCAGAGCCUCUCUGAAGCUCGGCUAGAACUCGAGCUGAAAGAAGAACGCCUGACGGCGGCGCAGCGCGAGUUGGAAGAGCGUGGUGGCGGCGGUGACGAGGUGGCUGCCCUAAGGCGGACCAGGGCUGAGCUGGAGCGAAGAGUUCGCGACCAGGAGGAGGAGUUGGAUGACCUGGCUGGACAGAUACAGUUGCUGGAAAGUUCCAAGUUGCGGUUAGAAAUGUUGCUGGAGCAGCAACGCAAGGAAGCCCGCCUGGAGGCGGCCGCGCGCGAUGACGAGAUGGAGGAAACUCGAGCCAACGCCUCGAAGAAACUUAAGAUUUUGGAAUCGCAACUGGAGAGCGAGCACUCGGAACGCAGUCUGCUCCUUCGUGAGAGACACGAACUAGAACGGCGGCUAGCCGCUUUAGAAGAGAGCGCACGCGCCGAAACCGUCGAGCAGACGCAGCUGGUGCAGCGACUUAAGAGAGACCUGAAGCGGUACCGCGCUUUGCUCCGCGACGCUCAAACCAUGUUGGAACAGAAGGAAAAGGAGGGUGGAGCCAAGACACAGAUCAGACAACUUAAAAACCAGGUGGAGGACCUGGAGCUAGCGGUCCGCGCAGCCACGAAGGCGAAGCAAGCGGCCGAGGCAGAGGCGAGCGAGGCAACAGCCGCACUCGAGGAGGCAAAUCGCGCGCGCAACGAGGCGGCCGAACGUGCGCUCACUGCUACCAGAGAUGCGGCCACGGCGCGCGCUGCGCUGGAUGAUGCUGAGGAAGAGGCGGCUGAGUUGCUAAAGAAAUACCGCGGCAGCACCAGCGCACUAUGCGCGGCGCAAGCCGAAGCGCGCGAGGCAGCCGCCAAGGCCGAGGCGGCCACAGAGGAGGCGAGGCAAGCGCGAGACAAGCUGGCCGAGCUCGCGCAACGCCUCGCCAGCGCCGAGGCGGGACACUCGCACACGCAACACGAGGCCGAGCGGCGGCUGCAGCUUAGGAACAAGGAGCUGGAGUCUAGCUUAGAACUGGAAGCGACAUCGCGCGCGCGCCUCGAAGGGCAGCUGGCGCGGCUGCGCGACGCGCACGAGCAACUCGCUAACGAGUUAGCACAAGCAAGGGCGCGCGAGCAGCAGGCCGCCGACGACCAGCGCAAGCUGGCCAGGCAACUUAGAGAGCUGAAAGAAGAAAACUCAGCGUUAAACGCAAAGUUAAGUGAGGCGGGUCGUGCCAAGUGCGUCGCCGAGGCAGCAGCCGCCGCCGCGGCGAGCGAGGCAGCCGCCGCAAGGGACGAGGCAAGACUCGCCGCGAGGCGAGCGCAUGCCCUGCAGGAGGCUAUCGCGGGAGACUUGUCUAGCCCUGGAGAUGAUGUGCCCUCUGAUAGUGACAACGACAGCUACAGCUCGGACGAGUCAAUCGGCACGUUCCUGGCGAACCACAAGCUGAGCCCCUCCGCGCCCUCGCGCAACAGCAUGCAGCUCGACUCGCACAAGUCGGGGACCCCAGAGGGACGCGCGUCGCGCUCGAGCGCGGGCUCAGGCUCGAAGCCCAUCAGCCCCACCAAGGAGUCGUUCGCAUAACCCGCGCCCGCCGCCGCCGCCGGCGGCCUGCUCGGCGCGCUGCCCGCGCUCUGCGCCGCCUUCUGCGCGCGCCCCCGCCCAUCACUACACACCGUGCUGGACUAGACGACACACACAGUUGCAAUUGUCAAUGUUGAUCCCACUUCUGAUAUCUUAUCACUUCUGACGCCUGAAGGGAAAAAUCCCACUUCUCAUUUAUUAGAAGGGAUAUACCACUUCUGAUAUCUUGAAGAAAAUAUUCCUCUUUUGAUAUUUCACACUAUUCUGCCUCUACAUGUGCCUUUGCUUUAAAAUUUAAAAGAUGUGAUCAUGCAAAGGCUCCGCAGUAUACAUAUAUUCUGCUUCCAAGGUGGAAAGUGCGACUAUUAUAAAAUUUACCCUAGUGUCUAAAAUAUACAGACUUUUGAAGAGUAAACUGACAAAAUUAUAACAUCAUCAGAUGAAUGAUCUAUAAUAGCAUUACAAUUGCAAAUGUUAUGUGUCUGUGUCAAAUAAAGUGAACCGUCACAGACGUCACAGUGCCGUGAAAAGACAAUGUUUAACGUAUAUUAGUGUCGAAUUGAAUAAAGUAUUAUUAACAGUGCUUGGAAUUACAGUAUCGAUUAGACUGCUCAACUUUAUAAACUUUUUCAAAAUCUUUUAUAUGAGCUUUGAUAUACACAAUAGCCUAAAUGAAUUUGUAUCUUUAACACGUUUUGAUAUUAGGAACAAUAUUUAUGCAGCGUGAGUGAUGUGCCCGAGAAGUAGAGAAAAAUUGAAUUGAAUGCAUUCCAGAAUAUUUAUUAUCUUUAUUCUUCUUGGCGCGGCCACACACUGUCUCUCUGUAGCCACACUGUACUUCGACCCUAUAUGUAGUUUCCCAUAGAGAAUUUUGUCUAUGAGUAAUGUUGUUGAGCUGCGUGCGACCAGCCAGUAUUUAGACAUAUAGAGGCGAGAUCUUACAAAGUAAUGUUAGGUUCUUUGUUAUUUAGUUAGCUAACUUUUGUAAAUAACUAGAUGGCAUAAACAUUUUAUUAUUUAAUUUGUAAUAUUUGUGUGAUCAGACUGUUAUUCUAUGAUUUAUUUGUUACAAGUGAGUUGUUACUUUAUGAACAAUCAAACAUAUCUGUUAGGUAAAUAGAUUUUUUUAUUUAUCCUUUUUGACUGGUUUGUUUUACUUAUAAUUUUAAAUGAAUUAAAUCUAGUGAAUGUAUCCAUUAUAAAUCGUUAUAUAUUCCUCAUAAUAAUUAUAAUGAUUAUACUCCAUUACUUCUAAAAACUUCAUUCUAUUUAUACCUAUGUAGCUACGUGUCUGUAACCAUGAUAUGUGUAAAGUAUGAUAUGUGAUGAAAUGUUACUGCAUUCAAUACUGGUUGUAAAGUGAAACUAUUUAAAAUAAAGUAACAGAAAUAAAUUA